AUGUGCUUGUUAACGGAGCAGACAAUGGCAUUUGAAGAAUUUAAAAAAAUCAAUACUGGGCCUUUUAGUACAGUUUACAAAGUAACAAUUAAAAACACUGAAAACACGCAAGAUACAGAAAAAAUAUUUGCAUUGAAAGUAAUCGAGAGUAAUGAGCGUACCAGUAAAGAAGUUGUAAAUGAGUUAAAACACAUGCUUUUAGUGGGUCCACAUCAGAACAUAGUUCAAUUUUAUGGUAUAUAUAAAAUUAAGGACCAAUUAGAUCCAGAUGAUAUUAAAUAUGCACUUGUUCUUGAAUACGCAGAUGAUGGCACCUUACGCAAUUAUUUGUGUGAAAAAAGAACUAAAAUUGAGUGGAAAUUAAAGAUUCAAUUUGCAAUUCAGCUCCGUUGUGAAUUAUUAUUUCUUGCAAUUAUUAGAAUUUUUGCUUCGAAUUUAGAAUGUUGGCAGAGUAAGCCAAAUGACCGACCAUCACUUGAAGAAGUCUCUAUGAGGCUAAACUAUAUCAAUGAUCCCUUUUUUCAAGAUAUUCCGCUCAAUGAUAUAUCGGAUUUUAAGACAUACAUUGACACUACGUUCAAUGGUAUUCAAAAGGAUCCAGCGCAAGUAACUCAGGACAUUGUGGAUGAAUUAUAUUCAUAUUUCGAUAAAUUGUUCAAUGAAGGCAAAUCAGUUUAUAAAAUUAUUGAUAAGUUCAUAUCUGAACAUCAAAAACCCGAUAAAGAUAUUUUUAAUUGGUUAUCUGAUCAUAAAGAUGAACCAAAAUAUGGUUGUCUUCUUGGAUUGUUUUUAACUUGGCAUAUUGGUACUGAGGAAAGUAACGUAGCGGCAUAUGACUUAUUUCUUAAUGCAGCGGAAAGGGGAGAUUUAAUUGCUCAAUAUUUUGUGGGAAGAUGUUAUGAAGAUGGCUGGAAUACUAAAAAAACACGGAAGAAGCAAUUGAAUGAUAAAGGAUUUAAAUUAUUUGAACAAGCUGCUGAAAUAGGGUUAUCUGUUUCACAAUAUGAUCUUGCUAAAUGUUAUGAAAGCAAAGGAACUAUUGAUGAUUUUAAAAAAGCAUUAUUUUGGUAUCAAAAAGCUAUAGAAAAUAAUUACAAUUGUUAUAAUGAACGUGAACUUGUUAAGGAUAAAAUUCAUAAAAUUGUGAAUAAAUUAUAA